GUAGCCUCUUUACUAUUGGGUGCCGGAAAUGAUCCCGAAGCGGAGCUGGUUGGGUGUUUUCUUUGCUGUCUACAUUCAUCUCUGGCGGGCACAUCGAAAGUUGGCAAACGCGCAGCAGGAGCUGUCCUAUGAGAAUCUUACUGAGCCACUGCUGGAUGGACAGCUUCAGGCCCUAGACUUCGUCGACAGGAAUGGCCAUCCUCGCCGGAUUAGUGCUGUGUCAACACCGCCUGGAUGGUCGGGCAAGAGUGUGGUUUUGAUCCAUGACCUGAAGAUGAGACUGGAGACCUGGUCCCCAGUUUGGGAGUUGCUGAGGGAGGAUGGCCAUCAAAUCAUAGCUGCCGACCUGCCAGGGCACGGCGGGAGCAACUUGACCGAGGGAUCUUUGGAACUAUCCUCACUUGCAGCAGACAUUUGGCACAUCAUGGAUCACUUCGGAGUCAGCGAGGGUGUGCUGGUUGGCCAUGGCGUGGGUGGCUUUCUUGCAUUGCAGUACUUGGUGGAAUACCGGAAGGACGCCACGAGAAGGCUGCCUUUUGGCUUCGUUUGCGUGGCGUGCACUGCGGGCAACUUGCAGCAGGUGAUUGGCCGAGAGAAUUCCCUUUUCGGCCGAGAAACGCUGCGCCACAUGGCCACUGGCUUCGCUGCUCUGCGGCUGCCGGAGCUGUUCGCCUAUUUUGAGUUCUCCGGCGAGGCUUCAGUGUCAAAACGCCUGGGGUCCAAGGCCUCUUACGCCGAGGUGCGCGUCGUCCUGGAGGCAAAACGGAGAGCCCAUAGCGACUGGGCCCUACGGAAUCUGAGCGACAUGUUAUGGACCCUAGACCUUCACCCAGCGAUCUCUGCGUUGACCUUGCCGAGCAGUGUGCUCCUGUGUGGCAGUGAUGACAGGAAUCCGCAGCCACUGGCAUUGAGAGAUGCCUUUGUCAGCUCUGGCACCCUACACCACUUCAAAAUGCUGGAAGAUGCUUCUGCCUAUUCCUUGCCCUUGGCACAGGCUGAAGAGGUCACGCAAGCCGUCCGGAGUGCAUUGGCAUGAGGCCCGCCUUUCGACGUUCUCGACCUGAACGCCUUGAAGCAUUUUGGGUGAAGAUGCACACGAGUGUUGGGGUACGUUAUUAGUAUCCUUUGUGGGUGUGCACUGGAUAUAUACUUGGACAUGGACCUGGUGUUUGGAGGACUUGGAAAGUCUUUUGAUGGCAUGAUCCGCGCACAAGACCACCUGGAAUGCCGAUCCAACCAGCAAUAGCGAAUGGCCCUCUGCGUGUUGCCUGUUGACUGGCAAAUGCCCGGCAGAAGCAGUUCAGGAUGACGGAGAACUGACUAAAUGACAGAAAGAAAGCUAUGACAGCGCGUCCAAAAAGGUGAGCGACUUGGUCCAGCUGCCUCACAAAUCCUCACAGAUCAUUGUGCUGUC